AUGAAUAGCCGGUUGCAGCAGCAGCAGCAGCAGCCGGAGCAGCAGCGUGAGCAGCUGACUGUAGAGGGCUCUAAAGAUGACUCUGUAAGUGCAAGAUCGCCUUCAGCUGCACCAGCAGCUGCAGCAGCAGCAGCAGCAACAGCAGCAACACUUGGGGAAGCUGAUGCUCCCAACGACGCCAAUUGGAGCCCCACUAGCCCCUCACUGGAGACAGUGCUGCGCCCUGCACCUCCUUUCUCUCCUUCUCCCCCCUACCCGCUGCUGCCUCCCUUCAGUGCUGAUGCAUUUUCUGUUUCUUCUUCCGUUUCAUCGCUAUGGGCUGAGGCUAGCGAGAGGCCAUCAGUCCUGGAGCUGCUGCUGCAGCUGCUGCAGCAAAUCAGCAACGAUAAAAGGAGCGAAUUGUACAAAUUCUUAGUCAGACAAUCCAUUAUCCCUUCACAAGAAGCAGACCAACCUGCUGAUGCAGCAGCAGCAGCAGCUGCUGCUGUUGCUGCUGCUGAUGCGGCAAGCAACAGCACCAUCAGUCGAGAGGAAUGGGCAGCAAGGGCUGCAGCAGCAAAGGCCGCUGCUGCCACUCCUGGGGUGUAUGUACACCCUCCUGAUGAGGCGCUUCUACCGGAAGCGAUUGAUGUGUGCCAGACAUCAUCAGAACAGCAAGAGCUGCAGCAGGUGCUGCAGCAAAUGGCUCUUGCUGCUGCUGCCGCAUUCGAGGUCUUGGAUAUGCAGCCACCUGCUGCAUCAACUACAGCGGCUGCAACCACUCAAGAGACGACAGCAGUAGCUCCAGAGGGCCGGAAGCAGCAUGAUGCUGCAUCCGCAGACGCCUCACAAAGCACCCGAUUUGGAAGGGUUUAUGAUGACUCCAUUAGCAACAGCAGCAGCCGCAGCAGCAGCAGCAGCAGCAGCUGUGACGAGGAUAGGGGAGGGAACAGUGAUAAAAAUAGCGUCUAUAGGAGGGCAGCAGCUGCUGGAUUUCCCCCGUUUCGCUCAUAUGCGGAGGUGUACAGACAGUGGAAACUGUUUCAGCAACAGCUGUUCCCUGCAGGCUUCUCUCAUUCACUUUUCUUCGGCAGAUCGUACAUAUUCCAUUUGCUGCAGCAGCAGCUCCCAGCUCUAAUUCCUCUGCUGCGGUCAGCGGGAGGGGCAGCGCUAAGCGACAGAUAUUUCUUUGAGGGUUUGUGUGCUCUAAUUGGAAUGAAAGAGGGGUUGUUUGAUGCAAUUUAUAAGAGAUUUACCUCUAUGAAGUCAGUUUACCCGGAGUCUGUUCUGCCCUCUGAAACCGGCUUGGGUUUUCUGCAAAGAGAUGCGGGAGGUGCCUUAGAAGAGGAAAUGGGGCGGUUUGCUGAAAUAGCAUUUCUGGCGGUUACGUCUACCGAACAAGUAAAGGGAUAUGGAACGAGAUUGAUGAGUCAUUUGAAGGAAUUUGUCAAGAAAAGUGGAAUAGAAUAUUUCCUUACGUAUGCAGAUAACUUUGCCGUUGGGUAUUUCAGAAAGCAAGGUUUCACCAGCCGCAUUUCUCUCCCUAGAGACCGGUGGUUAGGAUACAUUAAAGACUAUGACGGCGGCACUCUUAUGGAAUGCCGCAUCAGCAGUAAGGUGAAUUACCUGAAAUUGUCGGCUUUGCUGGACAAACAAAGAAAAGCAGCGGAAGCAUGCAUUGAAGAAAGCACAACCAAAGUAUUGAUGCCAGGGCUAGAUGUAUGGAAGAAAGACCCAUCUCGCGUGCUGCUUCCUGUUGAAGUUCCUGGCCUUGUUGCUGCGGGUUAUCGACAACCGAUUGCAUCGACAGAUGGAUUAGCAGCUGCUUCAAAAGGGGGGGAGAACGUUUGUUCUACUUCAGAAAGUGCAGCAGCGGCUGCAGCUGCUGCUGCAGCAAGCAAACUGCAGCAAGAGGAGAAGCAGCGACGUUCAUUGAAAAAUCAAAUAGCCGCUCUCUUAGCAUUGUUAGAUAGACAUCCCUCCUCUUGGCCGUUCAGGCGCCCUGUCUCUGUCUCAGAAGCGCCUGAUUACUACGAAGUGGUGAAGUAUCCUGUAGAUAUCAGCAGUAUGAGGAGAAAAAACAAAAGUGGAAAAUCUUGA